AUGCAGGAUGUUUCUGUAGUGCCAUCAUUCAAUAUCGGUAGCGAUCAUCACCUACUGAGAGCCAGACUCGUGUUCAUUGUGAAGGUGGAGAAAAAGGUGCUGUAUAUGGCAAACAGAAGGCACCAACCGGUAGCUUUUGAUGAGGCAAUCCUGAAGGAAAGAUUUCUACGGAAGAUUGGAAUCUCCUGGACGACUGUGACAAUGAUUCUAAUAUUUGUUUUUCUCACCACAUAUUUUACUCAGACAUCUGACACACACUUGGGAGGAAAUCUGCCUCUAUUAAAGAUUCAUUGCUUCACACCCCUUCUAUUGAGUGACAGACUGAUGCCAACACAUUGCUAUAUAACUCAAAAGUCUGACAUACACUUUGGAGAAAAGAUCUCUCAUUUAAAGAUUCAGCCACCCAACUCUUUGGAUUUUGACCUUCAUCAGCAUGAAGGAUUCUUAAAGUCCAAUGACCCGCUGAGACCUGGCAACACAGGCGCAGUGCAUGAGAUUGUCUUGCUGGGCCUCUCACAGCCCCGGGUCCUUAGCCUGGCUUUGGCCAUCCUGCUUCUCCUCUCCUAUGCCAUCGUGCUGCUGGGGAACCUGUCCAUCAUCCUGACCAUCCGUGCUGAGCCGCGCCUGGCUGCCUCCCCCAUGUACUACCUCCUGGGCAACCUCUCCCUGGUGGACCUGUGCUACACCUCGGUCACCACCCCCCAGAUGGCCCUGGGGCUGCUCUCUGGCCAUGCCACCAUCUCCUUGGGCGAGUGUCUGGCUCAGCUCUUCUUCUUGCACUUCUUGGGCUGCACUGAGAUCUUUCUCCUCACCGCCAUGGCCUACGACCGCUAUGUGGCCAUCUGCCAGCCCCUGCACUACACGGCCAUCAUGAGCUGCCGCACCUGCGCCCGGCUGGUGGCCGGCUCCUGGAUGGGGGCCCUGGCCCACUCUUUGGUACAGACCCUACUGGCCACCACCUUGCCCUAUUGCGGCCCCAACCACAUCGACCACUAUUUCUGUGAUGUGGCCCCGCUGCUGGGCGUGGCCUGCACUGACACGUCCCUGGUGGAGAUCCUGGUGGUGUCCAACACCGGGGCCAUCUCCCUGGGCUGCUUCCUGGUGCUGCUGGUUUCCUACGGGGUCAUCCUGGCUGCCCUGCGGCGCCGUUCCACUGAGGGCCGGCUCAAGGCCCUGUCCACCUGCACGGCCCAUCUGAUGGUGGUGGCCAUCUUCUUCGGACCCUGCAUCUUCAUCUACACUCGGCCCUUCUCCACCAUCCCAGCUGACAAAGUGGUGUCGCUGCUGGCCACAGUGGUGACGCCCAUGCUCAACCCACUGAUCUACACCCUGAGGAACACGGAGAUGAAGGGAGCCAUGAGGCGGCUGUGGGGCAGGUGGGUGAGAGCAGAGAAGUGA